CGCCCUCUACUGGCCAGCCUCCUCCGGGUCCACUUGGCGAUCCGAUCGCAAAAGCACGCAUUUGAAACCCGAGUGUAAACGGGGGUGUGUCGUGUGCGAAGCCCUGCCCUCGGAAACGAGCUCCAACCCCUUGGCUCUCCGGGGGUCUCGGUCUCUUCCAGCCUUCCUUUUUUUUUUUCUUUUUUUUCUUUUUUUUCCUACGCGUGAAGCGAGGAGACUCGCGUUUCUGCACGAGGGAAAACACGUCGCCCGUCUCCAGUAGCGUCACACGCGUCCGGGGGAGGUUGGAGAGAAAAAUCGCUUCCUGAAAUGAUCUCCAUCAUCGUCGUCUGCUGUUUUCCCUCUCUCUCCGCUGUCCCCUCGUGAGAUCACCUCGCCUGGUGGAUUUUAUUAUUUAUUUAUUUUUUUCCGAUUUUUUUAUUUUUUUUAUCUCUCUUGUCGUGGUCUGCAUGUCCAGGCUACCGCGAUGAUCAGCAAAGUUAAAAACGCCAUGUCCACCCUGGUGGGGGGGAUGAUGCCCCACGGCCACCACCACCACCACCAGCAGCACCAGCAGCAGCACGCCGGCAACGGCCAGAGCGGAGCGGACGGCUUGCCGCCCCGCUUCCCCUACGGCCGCCCGGAUUUUCUGGACCUGACUCCGGAGCUGCUCCAGUACUCCACCGAGCACGCGUCCAGACCGGUGUUGACGCUGAAGAGGGACAGCAGGCUGCCCUGGCGCACCGGAUACGCAGAGGUGAUAAAUGCGGGUAAGAGCAUGCUGAACGAGGACCAGGCCUCCUGUGAGAAGCUGUAUGUGAAGAAACCGAGUGGCAAACACCGCAACUCCACUCUGCUGGAGGACAACGGGGACGGCACGGGGAUCCCUUUUCACUUUUGGGGCGUGUUUGACGGCCACGCGGGGUCGGGAGCCGCCAUCAUGGCCUCCAAGCUCCUCCACCGCCUCAUCAGAGACCGCCUGGGAGAGAUCGCCCACCUGCUGGAGAACCCGUCCAACCCGCCCCCGAUCUGCCUGGCAAAGAACGGCAGCCCCUACCAGGCUGAGAUGAAGAGGGGAGCGGCCACGGAGCCGGAGGACCCCGACGCCAUCAGCGACCCCUCGGUUCGGUUCCACAUGGAGAAAGUGGUCAGUCUGGAGAGCCUGGUGAUGGGCGUCAUCGAGAACGCCUUCAAGCAGAUGGAUGACCUGAUUGAAAAGGAGAAGGCCUCCUACACCAUCUCCGGCGGCUGCUGUGCCUUAGCGGCCAUCCAUCUGAUGGGGAAGCUGUACGUAGCCAACGCUGGAGACAGCAGGGCCAUAAUCUUACGAAAUGACGACAUUGUUCCCAUGUCCAGUGAGUUCACACCGGAGUCAGAGAGGCAGCGUCUGCAGUAUUUGGGCUUCCUGAGGCCGGAGCUUCUGGGUAAUGAAUUCACUCACAUCGAGUUCCCCCGCAGGAUCCAGCACAGUGAGCUAGGCAAGAAGAUGCUCUUCAGAGACCACACUAUGAUGGGCUGGGCUUACAAGACCAUCGUGGAGGACGAUCUGAAAUUCCCCCUUAUAUAUGGAGAAGGCAAAAAGGCCCGCGUCAUGGCAACAAUUGGAGUAACACGAGGACUGGGGGAUCAUGACCUCAAAGUGUACAACUCCAACAUCCAUAUUAAACCCUUCCUGUCAUGCUGCCCUGAGGUGAAGGUCUAUGACCUGGCUGAAAACAAGCACGGCCCAAACGACGUCCUGGUCAUGGGCACAGAUGGAUUGUGGGAUGUCACAACAGAUAGAGAGGUUGCGGAAGCGGUGUCGGCUUUCCUGUCCUGCUGUGACCCCUCUGACCCCAUGAGGUACACUCUGGCAGCCCAAGAUCUUCUGAUGAGGUCACGAGGAGUCCUGAAGGAGCGGGGGUGGCGGUUACCCAAUGAGAGACUUGGCUCGGGUGAUGACAUCACUGUCUUUAUCGUCCCGCUGAUGGGGCACGAGCUAGAGACAUGACAAGGUGUCAAGCCGCUGCUGAGAGAAGACUGACUCCUUAGGGCCCUUCUCAAGUGUCCCUCCCAAGCUCCUUACCCCUCAGACUGCUGGGGGGGGGGGAGUAAAAAAUCAACAAAACAAAACAAAAAAAAACCUUUUCCGAUCUUAAUCCGACUCAGGUUGGAGAAUCAUCGAUGUCAACCAAUAGAUCGGACCCGGUCCUGGCCUCCUCGUCCUCAGUCAUCGUUCAUUCCUCGUGUAACAAAAAAGAUAAAGACACACAGUGACAUUAUACGACAAGUUGCCCUCAUCCUCCCAGACCCCGCUUCAUGUGGUUGUUGCCAAUGAGAAUUACCUGUAGUUUUUACCUUUCGUUUUAGACCUCAGAGCUGACCGGCUGGUCGCACCUUUGAGCGGACUGGUCACCGUCCUGUCUAGUCCUAAAAGUUAUUCCCCCUCUUUGGGAAUAGUCUUGUCAGAAUGAUGCGGUUACUUCCUGUAAAGCAGCCCGCGGUCCAGAAUGUGGGUACCAAAGCAAUGUUAAUACAGCAUGGGAAUGAAUGACAGUGUAAUGUUAUAUGGGAGGCUGUGGGGGACACUGGACCAUGAGACAUACGUCUGUAUAUUAAAAGAAGCAUGGAGUUUUGUUUUUCCUUCUUUUUUCUUUCUCUUUUUUUUUUUGGAGGUAGAAUCAGAGGGAUGGACCUAGCAGCGGGCGGCAGACCCAAACGGGCUCAUCCGAGUCGGUAUCUCUGUUAACAUUUUUAAAGCUGUGGUGAAUGACGACGGGUGUUUUCAACACCGGAAGCACUUUAAUAAGACUGUCCUACAGGCUCUGCGGCGGCGUGUUGGUUGACUGGUGGUGAGAAUUUCAGUCUUUUAAUCGAAUGGUGGUACUGGAUCUGUUUCGUCUUAGUUGUGCCACCCCAGUAAAACAGAAAUGAUGACACGCGUUCGCUCUUCACAUCAUGACAAAAUCUUUGGGGUAUUGGGGGGGGGGGGGUAUUUAGUCUGCCCUGACUGGUAAAAGUCAUUCGUAGUCAACCAAUGUGUCGGUACGGUAGGAUGUGAUGAACUUCACAAAUAUGCCUUAUCAUACUUAAGAGAUGAGAGGGACUUAGAUGUUUGCUCUUUUUAUUAUUUUUUUUAAUUAUUUUUCUCUUUCAGAUGCACUAAAGUUUUACCCUGGAAGAAAUGACAAAAAAAUCAGAUGUUUACUUUUUUUACCUUUUUUUUUUCCAUUUCGUUAUUUGGAUUACCCAUAGCUUUUAUUUAAUAAAAAAUGAUUGUGAGCUGUAUCAGAAAAAAAAUGUGAAUAUUUUUAUGUCUCUUCCCAUCAUUUAGAAAGAAAUGUUGUGUAUUUGAGUGUGAACUACCAAUGGCAGGUAGAGGGAUAAUGUGUACUAUCAUAGAAAUAAAACAGA